AUGGUCGUCAGGAUAAGACUGGCACGCUUCGGCCGCCGCAAGGCACCAUUCUAUAACAUCGUCGUCGCGCAAGCCCGGACUGCAAGAAACAGCAAGCCGAUCGAGGUGCUAGGCACCUACGACCCGAUCCCCAAGCCGCCCAUCGAGGGCGAAGGCAAGCCCUUCAAGGACAUCAAGCUCGACUCGGCGCGCGCGAAGUACUGGCUCGGGGUGGGCGCGCAGCCGAGCGAUCCCGCGUGGAGGCUUUUGGCUAUGGCUGGAUUGCUGGAACCGAAGUAUAGACCGAAAGCUCCGUGA